AUGCCUACUAAUCAAAAAACGAAAAAUUCUCGUGGAAAACGAAUCCAAACAUCUACGACACUUCAGUUUGCACCACCAAAUUGGUUUUUAAAAUUAUUCCGGAAAGGUUCAAAUAAUUUGAUGUCAUUUCCGCGUGAAUCAAAUUUUAAUUUUCCUUGGGGAUCAAAUCUUUUCCCAAAUCGAAUAAUUUCAAAAAUAUCUUCAUUACCUUUUAUUUUUCCAAAAUUAUUAUUUAUUUUUUUAUGUGCAGGAAUGGGUGCGGCAAUACCAUUUUUACCAAUUUUUUAUAGUUCUUCUUUAAAUUUAUCAUCAACACAGAUUGGAAUUGUAUUCUCAAUUGCUCCUUUCGUUUCAGCUAUAAGUUGUCCUCUUUGGACAGGAUUAGCUGAUAGAUUUCAUUCACAUCGAUUAAUAAUAGUCACUAUUUAUAGUUUAGCGACCUUGGGAGUUAUUAGUCAAAUGAUAUUGCCUAAAAUUAUUAAUAUAGAUAAUAAUAGUUUAAAAAUGUUUUGUGUAUUGUUUGCAGCUUUAUGGUUCGCUUUUUUCGGAAUACCUGUUAAUGCUUUGGUUGAUAGUGGAGUAAUAAAAAUUCUUGGUGAUAAAAGAGAACUUUAUGGUCAACAACGACUUUGGGGAUCUAUUGCAUAUGGGGCAAGCACUUUGGGAGUUGGUCUUUUAUGGAGUAUCACGAAUAACAUUAAUGUCGUUUUUUACUUUUUCUUUGGCACGGCUCUUUCAUUUACAAUAAGUACAUUAUUUACUGAUUUUAAUUCAAAUGAAGAUAUUGAAGAAUUUCUUAUACGUCCUCCCAAAGAUACUACUUUUAAAUCAUUAAUUGAUCUUGAAGAUUUUGAUAACGUUGGAGAAUCAAAUAUAUUAGCAUUUGCACCAACUUCACCUAAUUUGGCAACCGCUUCUCUCGCAGCUAAUCCCAUGGCAGCUUUGAAAACCUUGUUUUCAAAUACUUCGGUUGCAACAUUAUUAAUUGUUAUGCUUCUUAUGGGAACUGCACUUUCUAUGUGUAAUUCAUUUUUAUUACUUUUCCUCAGUCAAGAAUUGAAAGCUAAUUCAACAAUUUUAGGAUUAACAGGUGUAAUGACAGCUUUGUAUGCUGGUAUUGGUACAGGUUUUGGCAGUUUGAUUGGUGGGUUAUUGUAUGAUAGUGCUGGUGGACCAAAAGCUAUGUUUGGAGGUGUCGUAGCUAUUAGUAUAUUGAGUUUAGCAAUGUAUUGGUGGGGAGAAGGUGGUUUCAAUAUUAACAUUGAUCAUUUUGGAGGAAAACGGCGUCAACGUGAUACUAAAUCACCUUGGGAAGGUAUUAAUGAAGCACAUACCAACUCGACUCGAAGAGGUGUUUUGUCAGUUGAAACUGCUCGCACGAAAAAGGGCAGAUAUGAAAU